AUGGGACGCUUUGGACAGAUUAGCCGGUCACAGGCGGGACUGGCGCCAGUGCUUGCGGCGAUCAUUCUGAUAGCGACCUGGUUAAUUCUGACUCGUAUUGCCUGGAUACACUUUGGUGAUUCAGAAGAUGACAUGGAGGGUAAACAGAGACACAGGGCGGAUGAAAGACAAGAUUCCAUAUCAGAUUGGAAGAGGAAACAGAAGGGUACAAUUACUCAGUCUGAGGCGUGGGAUAUGUAUAAAGUCGGCUGUUAUACCUACAUGGCGAGUGGUGAGAUCGAGCUCCUCACCAACCACAAGGCAUUACGUGCAAUGGAAUGUAAGCAGAGGUUGCCACAGGCGCUUGUCAUUGGGGUCAGGGGUUGCGAUUCUUUCAUUCUCUCCAAAGUAUUGGGGCUUCAUCCCUCCGUAAUUUCGCAUUCAGAGUCACACUUCGAGUGGCCUAGCAUUGACUUGGAUCGUCAAAUUUCCAAGUGGAGACGUGGGCAACCAUAUUCAUCACGAUUUCAAAUGACAAUCGAGCAUUCACCCGCGUAUGCUGAUGAUCACGAUCUUUUAGAGGGCGCUAUUCAGCGAGCGGCCCCUGGGAUCAAGGUGGUGGUCGUCAUUCGAGACCCUGUAGCCAGAAUAAUAUCAGAAAUAGCAAGUACUCAUCGAGGUGUUUUAAACCUCACACUACAUUCCAUGCAGCCCACCGUCUUCCAAAAUCCUAAUGAAACAGUAGCCGAUGACGAGCUAGUUCCAUACAAUCACCAGGACAAUGCCGUAACCGUCGAGAACACCUUGAUAGAUCGAUAUAACCGAGUAAAUGCUGACUCUUCCUUGAUUCGAACUGGAGUCUAUUACAACACUCUGAAGAAACUUCAAUCCCUUGUUAAUGAUAAUGAAGGUUACCUAGUCAUUGACAGAGAUGACUUCGUCCAUCAGCCUCUUCAGACUUUAGCAAGGUUAGAAACGUUCCUUGGCAUCAAAAAAUUCUUCCGCGGUGACCAUUUUGAAUUCCAUGACCAGGAUGGACGAUACUGUGUGAAUGUCGAGAGGAGACCUGAUACACACUGUGUCUACGAAAUGUCACAGCGCCACCUUCCGAUUGUGGAUGAAAACAUUAUCGAGAAACUGAAACAGUAUUAUGAGGAGUAUGACGUAAAAUUGUCGGGUCUACUCCAACGCAAUUUUUCUUGGAUGCAAUAA